AUGGCGGCCAAAGCAUCCGUACUCAUUGAGCUUCUAAGCACCGUGAUGGAACUGGUCACCAAUGUCCUCAUUGAGCGUGGGCAGCGUGUCUUGGGACGAAAGCUUCAAGUGAAAUACUUUGAAGCAUUCACCAAACGAGACUUGGAAUGGUGGCGAGCCAUGGAACGUGACGGGAAAGAGGCGUGGACCUUUAUUUGGCUCUUGUACGAAGCCAGCGACAAUGUUGAAAAGUUCUUGUCCACUCCACAGGACAUGGUCAGCAAUAUCACCACCAUUGUCACCCACGUCUACGUCAUUUACAGGGCAUCUAGCAGCAGCGUGUACACACUCCUUGCGGCGCAGUUUGCAGUCAUUGCAUUCAAUUUCAUGUCAUCUUUUGGCUUUCGAUGGCUUCAUAAGUUUGCUGUCAGGGGAGUUUUGGAAGGCGAUGAAUGGACUUGGAUGGACCGUUUGGAUCCAAGCUAUGUUCGAAUGUUCAAAUCAUUUGCUCGGUGCGAGAAGGAAGUCAAAGUCUACACGGAAAGUCUCGCCUGCGAGGCUCAGAAAAGCCAGCGAGAGUUUAUGGUCGAGUCCUUGCGCAAGCCAAUUGAUGCCAUCGCCAAACAAGCAGGUGAAGUGAAGUUGGAGACACAACGCAAACAUCGUUGGAGAUUGCUCAGAAGUGUCAUAAAGCAAGCAGCCCAGUUGCAUAAGGUGUACGAUAUGUGCACCUUGAAGUCUAAAAUUGACCCUGACAGCGGACUUGUGCCACCCAAUAGAGCCAAAGGCCAUAUCAAAUUCGAGGAGGUUCAAUUUUCGUAUCCUAGGGGUGCAGAGGUGCUCAAAGGGGCGUCAAUGGCGGUCGGCCCGGGUCAGACAUUGGGAAUAACUGGAAGUGCAGGCUGUGCAAGUCCACAGCUAUGCGCCUCCUUGAAAGGUUCUAUGAUGUCACUGGGGGGCGCAUCCUUUUAG